ACAUUCUGAGGGGGACACAAAAGGGAUGAUGAACAUUCACCGAGGAGAAGGAGGAAGAGAGAAACGUGGGGCCUCCGCCACCCUUCCCUCACCGUGAGGCGGCAGAUCCAUCAACGCCUGUCCGUUACCCUCCGCCAUAGCAGAACCAGCUGCCGGAAGAAGCGAACAGGAACGCUUACCUAAACAAGUCCCUCACAACCCCGGAACAUAAAAGUCGCCUGGGGUGUGCACGGGGAAAAAGAGUCCCCCGCAAGUGCUACUUGUGACGCACUUCCGAAUCCAGAACGAAAAUAAUGACCGCGGAACACCUGCACGCAUGCGCGUUCGCGGGGGGGGGGAAGCUGUCAGAAGGGAACAAAACGUGAAUAGAAAGGCGGGAGGGGCAUGCCACGUGACGCUAACCGGCGUUUUCUAUUGGAUGUUCGCUGCCUCUCGUGCGUGUUUUGGCACGAGGCCUUUACUCGCACGUUAGGUUUGUCACCAUCUCUCGCCUGUUUGUCUGUGGAAAGCACCACGGAAUCCCCGGGACAGAAAAACAACCAUUAUAAUAAUUAGACUACCAAAUAUAAUUCUAAAAUAUGGAAAUAUAAUCAAAGAACAGUGAAAAUAAAGCAAAAAUAACUUAAGUCAUGGUACCAGGGGAUGCAUGACUGAAAUUCAAACAAGCAGCACGUGCCCGGAUGGAACACUUGUGCUGUCUAAUAAAAGAAGCAGGCUGCAGGCUUUGAUAUAUGUUAAUACUACUCCAUAUUUUGACCUGUUCUGAAUGUGUGCGUUUUACGACCCCCAAAAAACAGACAUGAUGAGUGCACCCUUCAAGACCCCUUUUCUGGGAUCCUGAUGUCCUCACCAAUCCUUUGUGACACCAUGAGUGAGUCACAGUGCUUAAACCAGCCAUGCAGGAAAACCCAAAUUGCAGCUGCCCCAUUUUCUGGGCUGCAGCCACUGGCCUGAAAAGGAGGUUGGCUGACCAAAUUGUGGACUCUGAUGGAAUUCCUUGGCACCACCCAGACUGCCAGCUAUUGUGGCCCAAGGAAAAGCUGCCUGCUUCCAGAGGUGGCUCCUACCAGCCUUAGCCAGGACAGUUACCAGUCUUAUUACCUGCCAGGUUACCGCUAUUUAAAUUCUUGGAGACCCAGCCUGUUCUACAAAGUCUCUUCUCUCCGCUCCAGUGAGGAUGGGCAAGGAUGUGGGCGCAUCAGCGCCCCGUUACGGCCGACUACGAUUCUCCCCUCGGUGCGAUCAUCCUUGUAUGCUCGCUACAGCCCCCACGACUGGUACAAAGCACACACCGGCCAGAUCCAAGGAUCUGAAGCUUACCGGCACUGGGCCAGCAGGUUGAACGCUGACUCAGCACGACUGAUGCAAGACAAGGACCAGCUGACUCGGCAGCAGCAGGAGGAUUCUGGGAAGAAUCUUGGGCAGCGGCUGGCUGACAUUGACUUCUGGAGGUCUGAGCUGACAUAUGAACUCGAACGGCUGCUUACUGAGACCCGAGCUCUGGACACAGCCAAGAGGCGCCUGGAGUGUGCAGCUGAUGAAGCCCAAAGACCACUCCAGGUUGCCUUGGAAUGCUUAUACAAUCGGGAGAAACGGAUGGGAAUUGACUUGGUCCACGAUGAUGUUGAAAAGAAUCUCAUCCAGGAGGUUGAUUUGAUCAGAACAUGCCAAGAUAAAAUGAGAAGGCUUGCAGAACGAAUUGAUCAACAACUGAACAUUAACCGAGAUGCACAACACGCCCUUGAAAGGGACCUCGGUGACAAAAGCUCUGCCCAUUUCAUUGAUGAGAAGUGUUAUAAUCUGAGGAAUACUUCCGACAGCAUCAACUUCUACCACGGAGUGGAAAAGAUCGAUGGAACGGUUUCAGUCCCUGAAACAUGGGCCAAGUUUAGCGACGACAACAUCCGGUAUUCUCAGAAUGCCCGGGCCAAUUCAGCCACCCUUCGUGAUGAGGCAGAGCAUACACUGGAGACCACAUCCGAGGAUAUGUGGAGGCAAUGGACGGACACCAACUUGGCUUUUGAUGCACGCAUCUCAGAAAUAGCUGAUGCAAAGAACAAGCUGCAGGCACAGCUGGCUAAGACACUUCAAGAGAUAUUUCAGACAGAGAAUACAAUCAUGUUACUGGAAAGAGCUAUAAUGGCUAAGGAAUGUCCACUCAAGGUGGCUCAGACCCGUCUUGAAGCAAGAACCUGGCGACCAAAUAUGGAGCUAUGCCGUGAUAUACCGCAGUUCAAGCUGGUCAAUGAAGUUUUCACCAUCGACGACACACUGCAGACUCUGAAGCUCCGCUUGCGCGAAGCCCAAGACACUCUUCAGCUGCUGAUCCUCAACAAGGCGAGGCUGGAGCAUGACCUCCUGGUGAAGGCCAACUCCCUCUUCAUUGACAAGGAGAAGUGCAUGGGGAUGCGCAAGACCUUCCCCAGCACCCCACGCCUGGUUGGCUACACCUGA